UCUCCUAUCGUAGCCGUAUGGAGUCAGUACGGUCGGUACGGCACGGGUGUCGACCGUCGUACUCACUGGCUGGACGGGCUCUGUUUCAGUGUGCAAUGAAUCUUACCGGAAUGUGCAUUGACGACUCUUGGGAUCACAAACGAUAAUUUUGUUCACUAAUAAACAUUCCGUAAGUGAAAUUACAUUCGGUCCUCUAAGAAGUUUCAUUAAGUUGUGGGAUACAAAUCGUGUUUACUUUACAGACAGUGAGUGAACUACAUAUAUGUUUUGAAUUGUGACGGACGGCGUUGUAUGAUGAUAUUGGAGGGAAUGCAGUUCCAAUUACCUUCUUGAAGUAGCGGAUGGCGCUGGUCGAGGAAGCAGGCGCGGGCGCCGCCGCCGACGACCCGGAGGCCCUGCUCAACGAGUGGCUCGGCGAGCUCACCGUGCUCACGGCGGGUCUAAAUGCGUGUAACGAGGGCGAGAGCGUGCUGAGGCCGCUCGAGAUCGUGGCGCCGCGCAUCGACACCUACCGGUUCUCGAUGGCCAACCUGGAGGAGACUCACGACGCCGACCUCGACGCCAUUCUAGGCGAGCUCUGCGCGCUCGACUCCGAGUACGACGAGGAGAUAUCGAGGGUGUCUUCAGGUUACUCGUCCAGUAGCAAAGAGCGCGACGGGCCGGGCUGCGCGCGCCGGCCGGAGUGCAAGGACGGCUGCGACGGCGCCUCCGUCGCGAGGACCGACUCGCCCGACAAUGACUCCGCCUUUAGUGAUACUGUUUCAAUGCUGUCGAGCGAAUCCUCGGCGUCGAGUAGUACUAGUGCAAAAUGUAAAGCGAUGAAACUCAAUCUACACCAAGACCAAAAGAAUGCGAGUUUUCAACAGAAGGCUGACAAGAUAAAGCUAGCGUUAGAGCGCAUGCGCGAGGCGAACAUCAAGAAGUUGUUUAUCAAGGCGUUCUCAACGGACGGCUCGUCUAAGAGCCUGCUGGUCGACGAGAAGAUGAGCUGCGGCUACGUGACGCGCCUGCUGGCAGACAAGAACCACGUGUCCAUGGAGCCCAAGUGGGCCGUGGUCGAGCACCUGCCCGAUCUACAUAUGGAGCGUGUGUAUGAAGAUCAUGAAAUGUUAGUGGAUAAUUUAAUGUUAUGGACAAGAGAGUCGAAGAAUAAAAUAUUAUUCGCCGAAAGACCAGACAAAAUAUCAUUGUUUCAAACUCCGGAGAAGUUCCUUUUAUCGGAGGAUGAUAGAGGAUGGUCAAGCGAGCACGAUGAGCAUUCAAGACAAGUGAUAUUAGAAGAAUUCUUCGGUCAAAGCGGCGCGGCGAGCAGCGCGGCGCCGUCCGUGUCGGGCCACCCCGUGCCUCCCAUGGAGGGCCCGCUCUACCUCAAGAGCGACGCCAAGAAGGGCUGGAAGAAAUACCACUUCGUCCUCAGGCCUUCCGGUCUCUACUAUUCGCCGAAGGAUAAAGUGAAGACGCUGAAAGAACUAGUCUGCUUAGCGACUUUCGACACGAAUGAAGUUUACUUAGGAUUGAAUUGGAAGAAGAAAUACAAGUCACCGACCGACUACUGUUUUGCUAUCAAGCACCCGAGGCUACAGCAACCAAAGAGUGUUAAGUUUAUUAAGUUCCUGUGCGCGGACGACCAGCGGACCCUGGAGCGAUGGGUCACCGCCAUGAGGAUAGCCAAGCAUGGGAGGCAGCUCCUGGAGAACCACCGGUCGCUGGUGGAGGAGCUCACGCAGGAGGACCUGGACCACCUCGCGCAUGCGCGCUCCUGCUCGAUAACGUCGAUCCCUACGAAGACCGGCGGCGCGGCGCCGGCGGGCGCCAGCAGCCCGGCGCAGGCCUCCAGCAUCUCAAGCAGCGUCAGCGUCGCCAACUCCGAUAUCAGCAGCGGCAGGCACUCGCGCGCCUCGUCCUCCAGCUCGAGCGGCUGCCUGUCCGACGGCGGCACGGCCUCCGAGAGCGCCUUCGACUGCGAGUUCCCCAUGGGAACGAUAAAGCGCAAACCGUCGAUGAAGCCGAACAUCCCGCUGACCUGGAUGACGCGGCAGCUGAAGGAGAUGGCGGAGACGGAGGCGGCCGAGGCGGAGGAGGCCGGCGACGGCGGCACGCUCACGCGCACGCCGCGCGCCCACUGCGACGACUCCACGCUCAAGCGCAGGCACCACAUCAAUCCAUCGGAAAGCGCAAUUUAUGGCAGAACGACACUAAUGAACAGCCCGGCUCGCGACGAGCCGACGUCCCCGGGUUACGGCAUCUACGAGAGCAUUCCGCGCGACGCCGCGCCGGCGACCGGCGACACCGCCUCCUCGCUGUACGGGUACGCCGGCCUGUACGAGCCGGCGCGCGCGCCGCCCGCCGACGACCUGCCCCCGCCGCCCGCCCUGGAGCCCGACGCCAUGUUCAGCUCCACCCUGAGCCUGGACUCGUUGCCGCCGCCUCCGCCGCCCCCCGAUCCCGUCGAGGAUCUCUCGGGCUCUCAGCUCAGCCUGCCUCCUCCGCCGCCCGAACACACCAUAGACACUCAACCGGGCCGCGUGCACGACAUCGUCAAUCAGCUGACUUCGCAUCAGAUCGAACAGACCGCCCGAGCGGGCUUGUCACGAGCCAACUCUCGAAACUCCGAUCUGAGCCGCUCGUUCCCGCGCCAGCCCUCCCUGGACAGCGUCAGCUCCGGCGCAUCGCGGACUUCCUCCCUUCAUUCCGAUAAGAGCAUCUACGGUCAACAGAACGUGGCGUACGGUGCAUGUUUAGCUGAGCUUCAAAACAAGAAGUUGAGCAACGGCAGUCCCUCCAUUCAAAAGAAAAUAUUGGCGGAGCCAACGAAGGAACGCACGGGGUCGAUGAAGAAAGUGAAUUUCGCUGACGAUUUGCCGACGUGCACCGACUCUGCGAAGAAGAACAAGAAAAUCACAUUUAACUUGAAGGAGGCACCGCCGUCGUCGCCGCGCAAGCCGUCCCCGCCGAAACGCAACGAAAGCACACGACUGUCGUCUCCCAAAAAGUUGGCGGAUUCCAACAGCAACCCGCCCAAAGAAUUUCUUAAAGAUCUGCAACGUGUGAUGAGAAAGAAGUGGCAGGUCGCACAAAAGUGUAAGUUGGAGCCUGCGACGACACCUCACGAAGUCCUAGGCUUCCGAGAAUAUCCCCUGUCGGAGGACUACAAAGAGACGAGCGUGUCAAUGUGGGUGCAGGAGCAUUACGGCAGCGCAGUGGAGGACCCGUUCUACGAGAACGUGUACGGGCGCGAGGCGAGCUCGGCGCCGCGCCGCGAGGAGCCCAAGCCCAUCAAGAAGCGGCCGCCGCCGGCGCCGCCGCGUCGCAGCGACUCCACGCACCUGACCUCGCACCCGCUGCCCUCCGCCGUGCACCCCUCCGCUUGAAACCCGCUGUGGCGCGCGUGCUGCUGGCUGUGGACAGCCCGGGCGCCCGCCGCCGACGACCCACAUGACGAUUACAGAACUAGACGGUUCUGCGAUAGUUUGAGUAGCUCUACUAGUACGCUUGACGGUCGUGCGUGAUAUCGUUUUGUAUAGUGUAUAACGCACGGAUAGAGAUUGUUGUACGUUGAAGUGAAUGGUGUAGUUUUCCUGUUUUUUAUUGAAUAGUUAUAAUUAUUACAUUUAGGUACACAACUGAUUACUAAAUGUGCUCUGGGUGUUUAGGAGUAAUUUUACAAGUCACCAACAUAUGGACAUUUACGCCUAUACUAGUAACAAAAUUUAUUAUGAUAAUUUUUCAAGUAGGUAAGGUACCGAUAUUACUAGUGCUAAACUGUGCGAGCACAGUUUGUAUCCAAUAAAUCGUUUGCAAAAUACGUUAAGCGUGUUACAUUUAAACAACUUAUGUAAGAAAAGACAAAUGUGGUCGAAACUUAUAAGUGUGCUAGUUGAAGCUUAUAUUAUAUAUUCUACUGCUAAAAGUGAUGUAACUAGGUAAUGUUUCAGAAGUGUAGUUCUGACAAGAAAAGUGAAGACCAAUUUCGAUGUUAAAAUGUUAUUAUUUCGAAAAAUAUAAUAAAUAAUUUAUCGUAAUUUGAAUGGCGGUGCUAUUUUGAAAAGGUAUACUAAUGUAUUGUAGGUAAUUUGUAAGUCUACUUGUAAUGAAACUGCUUAAAAAACGAGCUACCUAAUAUAGUUCUAGGCUAAACAUAAUUUAUAAGUAAUCUUUAAAAAAUAUCUUAGUUUAUUUAUUUUAAAAUUUAAUAACAUGACAGUUUAACUUAUUUACCUAAGUUAGUUUAUUACAAGUAGACAGACAAAAUGGUUCAGAGCAUGAGUUGGAGUUUUGUGUCAAUUUUUAUUUUUGUGUUCCUAGUGAAACAAAACAAUCGUUUAAACAUCUUAGAUUCAAGUGAAGUCAGGAAAUAAUGUACCUGACAAGACCUUCAGGAGCGGCUUAGGGAGGGGUUGUCCUAUUUGAAUCUAAUGCGUGAUUUUACCAACGCAAACCGACAUUAUCAUUCAGCCGGCGGCAUAGAAGGCAUACCGGGCUCUUGUUAAAUCAACAAAACAAUCCUGUCAAAUCAAUGUAGGUAUGUAUAAUCAACAGACAGGUGCACUUGUUAGUGUACUUGACUCAAAUUGCUGGCACAAUUUAGAUUUGUUUGGAAUGUAUGUAUUUUCAUUUGCUAAUGAUAUUUCAUGUUGCCUGAACGUAGGAUUAUACAGUGCGGCUACUCCUUGGACUGGAGUCAAGAAUAUUUAAUAGAGUAACUUAUUAUUUUCGCAAUAUGUUGCAGUUACACCUUUUAAAUGUCCUAUUUUAUCCAAAGCAGAAUGCAGCUAUAGUUUGUAUAGUAGUUUAAUUGUAGUAGCACUAAUUAAGGAUAUCUACCUACCAUUCCACCUUACAUUUAUUUUACAUACGACAAACAUUUUUAUCACUCCCUAAAUGUUUAGUAAUGCCUACUUUAAGACUUCAGGGUAUUUUUUGGGUAAUUUAUUAAUACCUACAACAAGGCACACCCGGGUAUUUAGGCCUAUAUCCUCGUUUCAGGACAUAUUGUCUAACUAAAUAUUGUAAAUUAUAAUAAUGCAGAAUCGGUUAACAUUUUAGGGAAGUACAUAUUUUUUAUUUGAAGAUAUUAUAUUGACCUUGACAUUAGACGGCAAAUAACCUAUAGCUAUAUAACAAUUCCUAAUUUAGUGCCAUAAUUAUGAAACCAUAUUUUGUUGUUUUUUGGCAAGGUUAUUUGUAUUUAUUUAAUCAUUUAAUAAUGGGAUAAAAGUCUAAUCGUUAAUUUAUUUAUUUUGUUGAAAAGAAAAACAUAGUACCUGCCUAUAAUAUAUGCGCUUACGGAAGCAUUGAAAAAUGUAAAGCGUACGUACAGCUGCAAUUUAUACUGCCCUAUUUAUAUGACGUUUGCGCAGACACAUAAUAUAGGCAAUGAAAAGGACAAAAUGAAAAAGUAAACAUAACUCCAAUAUCAUAAAGAUCUCACUGUAGUCAGAAUGCGUUACUUAUUUUUAUGUUCGGGCUGUGAUUUCUUUUUUGUGUCUGGCUUAGUUUCUGAUAUUGAUUUGUUUAAGUACCUACCCAAUAAAAAAAGGUUGAAUCUGGAGUGAAUGCUACUUGCGCAAAUUUUAAGAGAUUUCAUUCCAUAGUAACGGACAAUUUUAUGUUACAUAUUUGAAAAGAUUUACACCAUUCUAGGGAAGAAAAGCGAUGGACAUGCUCAGGCUAGGCUGGCACAGUAGACGUCAAUACGCGCUAGGUCAAAAUAUUUUUUAAUCAUAAUGAUAAAAGAACACUAACGUUAAGUCGGGUUAAUUUUACAUCGUUUACGAAAUAACAAAGCGAGAUAUUUAGCUAGACUAUGUAACUACCUACAUUUACUAUUUAGGUGAAAUUUGGUGGUCCUAGAGAUAACUUUUUCAGAAUUUUAUAAUAACUUCCGGGGUGAAACUAUACACUAUGACAUUGUAAUAUUGUAGCUACCUAGUAUUCAUACUAUUGAAUAUUGCCGAUAACAAACAAACCGUUUGAGACAUAAUUAUUAUACAUGUAGCGUCAUUAAGUAAUCAUGCACCGCAACGAGAAUCCAUCCAGAUUCAAAUUCGGAUUACGAAGACUGAAAGCAUAAUUGAUCCGAUUUUGACAAUAAACUUGCGUCCAAUGUUGGCAUAGAGGUACCUAUUAAGGUAUUAGUGUUUAACCGGCUAAUUCCAAUCGUUGACAUUCCUGGAAUUAAGAUUGAAAAUGGCAUCUAUGGGGCCAGUGUCAAGCACUGGCGCUGUUACGCAAAAUGUUCUUUUUUAAAUGGCGCGUAUGUCAACUCUGGUGAGUCCGUAGUCUAUUAUUGUGUAAACAAGGCCAUGACUUAGGUCCGGGUGCACUAACCACAACUGAUGGACUGAAUAACAUAGCUCGACAGAGAAUUAUCCACUUCCCUUUGUAAUAAAUAAAGAGAAGUAAUUAUUGUGAUUAGAUACUGAUGGUUUAGUGCAACCCACCCUUAAUGUGUGUUAUUAUUCUAUCGCUUCUUAAUUAACGAGGAAUAAUUUUUAUAAUUAUUUAGUUUAUACAACACUUAAUUAUUACCAUUGAUCUUUAAACAUAGGGCAACCAAGAUUAAUUGUACUGUAUGGGGUACGAAGCUAUGUAGCUAUACAGUUGAUAUUGUACCUACUAAUGGAUAUGUCCUAUGUUAAGCAUUUAAAUAUAAAAAUUAUAACUGGAUUUAUUAGAUACGGGUUCUACUAUUUUCAACAGACAUUAUAAAUUUAUGUAUUCGAUACGAUUUAGUUCUAAAUCUAUUAUAUAUGUAACGCAUUUAUUAGUAAUCAUGGAUAUCUAAGUUAAAAUUGUACAGAACAAAUUAAUUAUAAUAUUAGUUCUUUGUAUAUUUUUUCAAAUAUAACGAAAUUACAAAUUA